AUGCUGUGGCAAGGAGUUCCAGAGGGAAAUAAUGGCUGGAAGAUUCCAGAUAAACCUAUAGCUAAAAACAAAAUGACAGGCAUACUCCACUGUUUAACUAAAGCCCGAAUUGAGGAGGGGACGGUUGUGACUCUGAUAGAAUUCGGUUUUUGUGGUCAUGGAUCAUUAAAUAAUCUGGAUAAACAACUACAAAGCAUACUAAAGCACUACGCAGGAGGAAUUUCUCCAGCACUAAGCGAGCGUCUUCAAGAAAUCAUCAGGUCCAAUGUACAGACACAUGACUUUGUUAAAAACACAAAGAAAGAUAGAGAAACAUCAACAAAUAAAACACAUCUGGAAAAUGCUAAUGGGAAUAAAAAUAAAACAAAAGAUCAGUUAAAGAAAUUGCCUGCUUCGGGGAAAGGAAAUUCAAAAAUGGUGGCGAAAACAAGUGAAGCGACAGAGCGGACAAGCAAUGACAUAGAGAGAAUGGUAACUGCAAAUAGAACUGACGUGGAAAAUCGAUUCAAAAAACGGGAAAAUAUCCAAAUCAGCGACAAUAACAGAAAAAGUGGAAAUCAGGCAAAAUUUGAACCAAAUGUUGGAGGAAAAGUAAAUAUCGAACGUAAAUCAUCCGACAUAAAAGUAACCACAGAUCACGUUAAUACAAAUAUCACUACAGAUCAUAUUAACGUUAUUCAACCCGAUGGUUAUAAAAGAAAGCCUCUACAGACAGAGAAGAAGCCAAUGAAAACCAAAAAUAGCGGUGUUUCUCAAAUAUCUAACAGUUCCACAGAAAAACAAAAUGUCUCAAACUUAAAUUUGCGAAUAAAAGAGAACAAAAAAGACAGUUAUCAACAAGUACCACUCAUGCAAAAUCAUCCUAGAAUGUCAAUUAUUGAAGUGAAAAACACUUCAUCUACGAAAAUUUCGAAAUUAACAAACCAGUUGUCAACGAAAGGUCAUAUUUCACAUACAUCAAGUUAUUCUCAUUUGCCAAUUUUUGAACGGAAAAAUAAUUUACCAACGAAAAAACAUUUAUCAGGUACAAUUACAAAGAACCACCAAGUGCUUAACUCAGGAAACCGUCCCAAUCCAUCAAUGUCCAAAGUAAGCAGUAGUUUUUCUAUGAAAGGGCAUCUCCCAGAGAUCCCAAUACACCAAAAUAACUCUGGAAUGUCAAUAAUGGGAAACCACCAACAUGGUCUGCCCAUUGCCAAAAGGAAAAUUGAUUUAUCAACGAAAGGCCUAGCGCAUUUUAGGGAUACAACAAAACGUCAUCAAGUGCAUAAUGGAGGAAACCGACCUGAUAAGUCAAUAUUCAAAGACAAAACUAGUCUACCUAUGAAGGAACACAUUUUAAAGACACCAACACGCUAUCAAAUAUCAACAAUGGGAAAACACUAUGAUCUGCCAAUUGUCAAAGCGAAAAGUGUAAUAUUAACAAAAGGGCACUUAACAAAGACUACAAAAAAUCAACAAACUUUAUCACUGGAAAAUAAAAAUUCUGCCUUCAAUCCUAAAUACAAAAGCGAAAACAUCAACUUCUCCCACUUUUCUUCAUUGUCAAGAAAUCAUCCAGCACAACAUGUAUACAAUGGAAAAGAGUAUGGAAGAGAACUAUCGAAUAAGCAAUUCAAAAGGAACCAUGAUAAGUCUUUAAAAUCACACUUGUCAGUUCCAAUAAAAACCGAACAAGAAUUGUCAACAGCAAUAUUUACCUUUAGUCCCCCAAAACAAUUUCAUGAAAAUGAACAAAUGAAACUUCGUAGGUCUUUUAAACCUUUUAUUCGACAAAUUAAAAAGAAAUUUUCUUUAACGCCUUCUGAGAAUCAAAUAAAUCGCCCUCGACCUUUCGAAAUCGUAUCCAACCACAGAAAAAGUAUGUUGACGAACAAACAAACGACACAAGCCACAAAUUCAUGGAAAAGACCCGUUCCAGAAACACACGUUGCUUGGGAAAAUAUACCAAAAAAACAUACCCAAAUAAUACAACCUCCAAAUGCAAUUUAUGAUCAACUGAAUCUCCAGUCCUCAAACAAUUAUUACUACGAUAAUACUAAUCAGGAAACUCUUCCAGUCAAAAGACAAUAUCCACGGAAUUCGCUUGGACAGCUACCGGGCAUAUCGUCUUUGCAUAAUGAGCAAAGUUGGAACAAAGAGUUUUCCUCUGGAACAAAUAACCAGCUGCAACAUCCAAAUCAGCCAAAUCCCGAUAGAUUGACAAUUAGUUUUCAAGGAUUCAAUAAGCUUGACAAAACAAAGUCACUUGCAGGAUCACCUGAACGCUUCAGUAACUCGAUGAUAAACAGUAAUAGGAAGACACAUAGUCUCACCAAAACAGACAAUUUUUCAGGAACAAAAUCAUCGAGUUCGGGUUCAUUUAACGUUGACAUGUAUAUUCCAGACACACAAAAAGAGAGUAAGUUACCUUCUCAAAAGUGGCAAAAACAACCAAGUGUCGUAUACUCUAACUUUCAGGAUAGCUCACAAAAGAAUAACCUGAAAAACAGGCAACAGUCCUCGCCACAGAAACCAAAUAAAGACAAAAAUUUCCAAUCUCAACAAAGGUUAACUCAUCCAAGUGUUGUAUACUCUAAAUUUCAGGAUAAUUCACACCAACAAAACUGGGAAAUACAAAACCAAUGGAAAAAACCCAAGGACUUACGAAGUCAAAGGUUUAACGAAAACACCGGAACACAUAUUAGUAAUAACUUUAUACACACUACUACACUACCUCCAUAUUUCAAUCCUGCUUCUUCUCCAUCAAUGUAUGCACCUCCAAACAGGCCAAAUUUACAGCCAGGCAUAGCUACAUUUACUCAAAACAAUGCAAGAGCUGGACAGAACCUAGGAUGGAAUGGUUUCACAACGCCUUUAUAUGAUAAACAGAAAUCAGUAUUAUAUUCAAAAUCUGCAGUUGCUCCUUUCUAUGACCACAAGCCUAUUGAUAAUCAAAUGACUACUCCGUCUGUAAUAACAAUUGCUCCCAAUUUCUUAUACAACCAGGAACAAAAACCACCACACCCUUCAAAGUUCUCGCAGCAAAGAAUGAAUCCAAACUCACAAAAUUCAAUGAAUGACAUAUCGCUAUAUCAAGAAAGAAAGAACAAUGUGAAUACAUGGGUCUAUUCUUCUACCAUACCACCUACACAAACGGCAGUACCAACAACAUAUCAAAAUACAUUUUUGAAACAAGAGAUAUUUGCUACGAAAGCACCAAACGAAUGGAUGCGAGCUGGUAUUGAUAACCAAAAUAUUGAAAAUCGGAAUAUUUAUAGUACCAAAACACCAACAGAUAUAUCAGGACAGAAGGGAGAAAAUCAGCAUCAACAGUAUCGUAAUCAACAAAAUCACCAGCAAAAUAAUAUCAAUCAUUACCAACAAUUUCAAACACAACAUGAAGUUUAUCAACAUCAAUCACCUCAAUCCAACCAACCAAAUGAAUCCCAAAUGAAUCAAGAUUUCCAAACACAACAAACAUAUCUUCAAAAAUAUAAACAAACACAGCUAAAAAACCAAAAUGCAUUCUCAAAUCCUGGACAAUUUCAACCACAAAACGAAAAAACAAGCCAAACGAAAUCGUUUUCUGAUCAACAAACAUUCAACAAGAAAAGCAAUUAUCAGCGAGAAACCCCAUCCUUAGUUCAUCAUCAACAACGAACCGAGCACUUUGGUCAACAACAACGAACGUUAUCAAAUCAACAUCAACAACAGGCAAGUCAAUAUCAAAAUGAGCAAUUCAAUCAAGGAUACCAAACUUCUUUCCAGAAAUAUAAAAAAUCCAGUCUACAGCAAAAUAAGAAUUUUGGUUGGCAAAAACAAAGACAGCAACCAAACCAAUAUCAAAAUGAGCAAAUGGAAAAUCUACCAAAUAAACAACCAAUUGAACAGACACUCGGGGGAGUGGGUCAUCAGAAGCAAAACUUGCUCGGAAAACAUCAACAACCACGUCAACAGCAAAAUAAAAUAGACCAACAACAACAUAAUUUAUUUGGAAAUCAACAACACCAACAACCAAAUCAUCUGCAAAAUGGACAAACUGGUCAAAAUCAACAAAACUCGUUCAUAAAUAAUCCAUCAGUUCAACAACAAAAUACGCAAGCUGAUCAACAGCUUCAAGAUUCUUUUGGAAAUCAUCAUCAACAAAACAAUCAAUCGCUAACUGUACAGACGGGUCGACAACAGCAAAGCUCAAUCGGUAUUCAGCAGCAGCAACAAUCAGGCAAACACCAAAAUACGCAAGAAAACUCUAUGCAGAAUCAGAAUCAUUCAGAACAACCUCAACAAGAAAACAAAUUCAACCAACAAAUUCAGUCUAUUCAGCAGCAACAAUCAAACAACCUGCAAAAUCAACAACAGGAUAUCAGAUUUCCAAAACAAAUGCAGGAACAACAGCAAGUAAAUAGUUUCCAUUCAAAUCAGCAAGGGCAAUCUGUUCAACAUCAGCAACAACAAAACCAGCAACCUGUCAAUGACGGUAGAAAUAUGAAAAGCAAUUUUCCAGUAAAUACGAGACCAAUUAGAAGGAGACCCAAAAAUAUUCCAGCGCCUGCUUACUUGGCAUUCGGCGUGUACUAUCCAGAUGGUACAACCACAGAAGAGGAGCACGAUCUUUUGGGAAAAUCCAUCCACACUAUAACAUCAUAUGACGCAGACAACAGUUCACAUAUAUCGGACUACCUCACAAUGGACCAUGGAUGGAAUACAUUUGGAUUGGUGUCACAAGGCAACAACAAAGACACGUGUUAUGUUGGGAAAUUACAAGCUGAUCUCAUGAAAUCAUUUGAGGAGAUGGUGAACAAGACAAGAUUCUCCGACAUUCCAUUUAUUGAGGCAAACUCAAAUAAGUUCGUAUACACAGAAGUCCAACAGAUAGAUUACAACCGGGCUGUUUACGAAGUCGGGGGCUUUGUCUCGGAUUCGUGUGGAAACAGAGCCAAUAUAUUUCUUGUAGAAAGACCCCGUCAUGGACGGUUCAAGGCCGGCAGAAAGUUCAUUCCUCCCACUGCCUGUUCAUUCGGUCCUCCUCAGCAGCGUAUGAACAACGCCUUGUUGAAGUGUAGCAUGGGAACUUGUCGUGGAAAUUACAGUUGCAAUACAAAAUACAACAUAUGUUGCCCAAAAAGGCCAAGCAAUACAAAAUGUCGGAAGAUGUCUAUUGGAAAGUUUUGUGUGAUUCACGCGCCACAGUACGGUUAUUAUCCAGGCUGAGA